AUGUCGUCGAAGAUCGGGCUGCGUCUCUUCCAGAACUCCAGGGCUGCCUUUCAGAAUGCCACUGCUCGCCUCAGGGCGCAGGCUCUCCGGGCCCGACGAUUCCAGAGCACCGACGCCGCUGCGGCCCAGCAGAGCUUCCUGCAGCGGUCAUGGAACAGCCCCAUUGGCAUCAAGACCGUCCAUUUCUGGGCACCUGUGAUGAAGUGGAUUCUCGUUCUAGCUGGUCUCUCUGACAUGGCCCGGCCUGCCGAGAAGCUCUCCCUGACUCAAAACGCUGCCUUGAUGGCAACCGGAGCAAUCUGGACCAGAUGGUGUCUUAUCAUCAAGCCUAGAAACGUCCUCCUUGCUACCGUCAACUUCUUCGUUGGUUGCGUUGGUUUCACACAAGUUACCCGUAUCUUCCUGUAUAGACGGUCCCAGGACGGCUCGGCUAAGGAAGCUGUCAAGGACCUGGCCCAUGAAGCCACAGACUCUGCCAAAGCUGCAGUUCACAAGGCAGAGGAAGCUGUGAAAAAGCACUAG